AUGGCAAGCCUCCGGCCUCGAUCACUCGCGCUCCGCGCACUCCGCACAGCUCCAACCAGCUCCGGACCCUUAUAUCGUCACACCUCUCGUCUUCCCUCUCUCCUAUCACAAAGAUCUCCCAACAACCGAUCGCAUUCUACAUCAUCCGUCUCUGCCGAUGAGGUCUCGCAUUUUUCCAAGCUCGCCAGCUCUUGGUGGGACCCCAUGGGACCAUCACGAAUCCUCCACUUAAUGAACCCGCUCCGUCACGAAUUCAUUGCGUCGUGUCUGGCAGACAGUGCGCCAGCUGGCUCCCCAGUUCCCCAAUCCUCGACCCCCGAGACCGCGGCGAACCUCGAUUACCUCGACAUUGGCUGCGGUGGGGGAAUUUUUGCCGAAUCGCUUGCGCGCACCAUCCCGCUCGAUCGCGCCGCCUCAGCCCCAACGCCCACGCGUGCCGCUUCCAUGACAGCAAUCGACCCAACCACAACACUUAUCCAGAUCGCACGGGACCACGCACGCAUGGAUCCCACCGUGGAGGCACACAUGCGUAGUGGCCGCUUCCAAUACCUGAACACCACACUAGAAGACGUGCUUGCUGGUUCCACGCCCGCUUCCACUUCCGCCUCCACCCCCGCAUCCUCAUCUUCACCAACUGGACACCAGCAAUUCGACAUGGUCACCCUCUUCGAAGUAAUUGAACACAUCGACCCAACCACCACAACACCCCAAGCCUUCCUUGCAAACUGCCUGCGAGCCCUUAAGCCCGGCGGCUGGCUCAUUGGAUCAACCAUCUCACGCACAUUCCCAUCUUGGAUCUUAAACCAAGUCAUUGCCGAAGCACCCUGGCCCAUUGGCGUCGUACCACGCGGCACGCACGAGUGGAGUAAGUUUGUGAACCCCUCGGAAUUGUACUCCUGGGCCCAGGAGGGUCUCAUGCGUGCUGCUGAUACCAACGUGACCCGCGCGGGUCCCGCUGCACUGGAUGGUAUGCGCUGGAAGUGCGUUGGGACUAUUUAUGUGCCUGGCCUGGGGUGGAAGAUCGUGCCCGGGUCCGAGGAUUGGGGAAAUUACUUCUGGGCUGUGAAGAAGGGAAUUUGA